CUACAGCAUCUCUCUUAAUAUUGCAAAGAAAGGCAAACCGUAUACUAUUGGUGAAGAGAUUAUAAUACCAGCUAUAAAAGAUGUAAUUGAAAAUGUUAUGAAGAAAGACUCCCAACUAGUUUUAAAAUGCAUACCAUUAAGUGCCAAUACUGUGCAACGACGUAUCGAGGAAAUGGCCGAUGAUGUGGAAAGAACUUUGACCUCUGAGCUCCAGCAUUGUAAGUUUGCUAUUCAACUUGACGAAUCAACUUUCGGAAGUUCAAAUCUUCUCAUGGCUUAUGUUAGAUUUCAUAGUCCAUCCCUGAAUGACACUGUUGAUGAAUUUCUAUUUGCUAAAUAUCUUGAAACUGAUUCAAAAGGUGAGACAAUUUUUUUAUGUUUGCAAGAUUAUUUGAACAAGCACAACAUUCCUUUCGGGAAUAUUACCGCAGUAGCUACUGACGGUGCACCUGCUAUGGUAGGCCGUUACAGAGGAUUUUUCGUCUUUCUGAAGAAAAAGGUUCCCAAAGUACAUACUGUUCACUGUGUCCUACACAGGCAGCAUCUUGUAGCCAAAAAAAAACUGAGUGGAGAACUUCAUAAUACUCUAAAAGUGGUCAAUAAACAAAAUUAA